UCUCUUUGUGCUUAGUUCAUCUUUAGUAUAAUAUUUGACAUCGUUUGUUUGAUGACAGUUUCACCAGACGUUGCAAGCCCAACCUCCUUAGGAAGAGGGGGCAGAGAUUGGAACACAAGCUUAUCAAGAAGUCUGCUCCUUCUGUCCCUCGUUUCAACUUCAUUCAGGUUUAAAAUAUCAUUAAAUCCACCAAGAUUGGUUUCUUUCAAAUGCUUGAAAUCAUCUUUUUGUCUUUUGCAGGACAUGUUCGUGAGUGCUCGUGGAGUUAAGACCAAGGUCUGGACGCUUCCUCCUGCUGAGAUGGACUAUGUCAUGAACGACAGUGAUAGCGAUAGCGAUAGCGAUAGUGAUGGAUCUCAUGAUUUAGAGCUCUAUCCGAAUUUGUAAGACAUGAUUGGAUAGUUUUUAAAAGUUUUUCUAUCCUAUCAUGAUGAUCUCUUAUGUAUUGGGGUUGAUGAGUCACUGUGAUGAUUUUUUAAAAAAUUUAAUGAUGAUUUAUAAAACUAAACAGAAUUUUGAAUUAGAAGAGUCCUAAUGAUUUAAAUUAUUUUAAAAAGUUUGGUUAAAGAGUUUUUUCAUACUAUUAUAGUUUUAACUGAUGAUAUUUAUAAACUUCAACAUAAUUUAUCUUUAAGUAUUUUAUAAUAUUAUUUUUAGUGUUUGUUAGAACACCAUUAACCAUGGGUGUUUAAGGAAUGUUUAACAUUUUUUAAUUAAAAAAAAGGAAAAAAGAAUAAAAAGAAAAAGGAGUGCUUAAUUAGACAUCACAAGCAGCUGUUGCUUGCACUGUUUACAGAACUCACGGACACGUGACGACCCGCGAUUGGUCAUUUUUUAAUAUUUUUUUUUAUUUAGACAAAAAAAAAAUUAAUUUUUUUUAAGCACCCAAAGUUAAGCAAUUUUAGGGUUAAUAGUGCUAUUAUUAUCUUCUCCAUACUAUGUUUCUUCCUUUGUCUCUCUCUCUCUCUCUUUCCUAUUUCACAGGUUGUUCAACUUUUGAAUCCAGUUUCCAUUAGUCUUUCAUCUACAAUUAGGUCUGGGUCUUUAGUUGGCAUUUUAGUUGGGUCACAAUAUUUACGAUGUGCUGGUGACACAGCAGAAACCUUUAUAUGUCGUGAGUUGAACAAAAAAACCCGAAUUUGGAAGUAACCCGAAUGAAACUUAUAAGCAUAUUCCCAAAAUUUUGAAAAUCCAAAUGAAGAAUAUAGUGAGACUUUUAUGCAAGUUCAAAAGUGAAGGUUUAAUGGGCCUGGAUCGGUAAAAUUAGCAUAUAAAUGGGAAGUUGUUUGAAUGAUUUAGGGUUUAUAAACGCAUUGAUCGUCACCUUGGUAGAGAAACAUGGGGUACUGUUUCUUCCGUCUCGUAGUUCCUUCUUCCUUCCGUCGGUCUCUGAAUGUUUAGUUUCGUUGAUCGUCUCCUUCUUCCUUCUGCCUGUUUAGUUUAAUUGAUCGUCUUCUUUUUCUUCUUCCUUGUGUCUUUUGGCUGGUGCGUGAUGAUUUGUUUGUAGUUUUGGUGCGUGUUGAUUUGCUUGCAGAUCUUGGGUUCGUGGUUUAGUUUUCUAGAUGUUUGAAGUUUGACAUGGUUUCUCUUUUUCUGAUAGCACCAAGAAGAGAGUUAUGAGAUCUGGAAAGAAGAUUGCUCCUCCUGUCUCCAACAAACCUCGUUUCAACUUCAUUGAGGAAACGUUCGUGAGUCCUUGUGGAGUUAAGACAAAGGUAUGGAGGCUUCCCCCAGCUGAGAUGGAAUCUGUCUUGAACGAAGAUAGUGAUGAGUCUGAUGGAUACCUACAUAGGGAAUUCGGUUGUGGUUGUAAACCGCAUGAGCCUGUUCACUCUAACUCUAGCGUACAUCAUAUCAAGAACAGAAUGAAGGUUUCCGUGGGUUACACCCGACGUUGCAAGCUCAACCUCCUUAGGAGGAGGAGGAGGAGGAGGCAGAGAUUGGCGCACAAGCUUAUCAAGAACCGUGCUCCUUCUGUCCCUAGUUUUAACUUCAUCCAGGAAACGUUCGUGAGUCCUUGUGGAGUUAAGACAAAGGUAUGGAGGCUUCCCCCUGCUGAGAUGGAAUCUGUCUUGAACGGACCGGUCAUGGACUCUGCCUUGAACGAAGAGGACGAGUAUGAAUCUCCUGAUGAGUCUGAUGGAUUCCUCAUUGAGAGACUCGGCAUUGGGACUCAGCUAGCGCUCCAACCCUGCAAUCGGUGAGUGAGUGUGCUCCUCUCCUCUCUCUCUCUUGCAUACUGCAGUCUUUGAUACUUCGUUUAGAGCGUCUAAUGCUCUUGUCUUCUGCAUUUCAGAUGACGCUGGAGCUGUUCCUUCUAUGGAGCAGAAGGAACUUCUGUUUCGUUCGAUAGCAACUCUCCUGUCGAAGAAUGGUCUUUCUGCAUCUGCCAACCUGCUUAUUCAGGAAGCCAAUAUCAAGGUUUGCACAUUCUAGCAGCUCUUAAUUUUUGAUUCGAGAGACAUUUUUUACAUAAUCAUCUUGUUUUCAGGUAGACGGUGGUGCAACCCCACCGGAGAUUGAGGGAUUCUUACUCAGGUUCCUGAAAAAAGGAGAAAGCAACGCUCAUGACACGUUGUGAGUGCUCCUGGAGUUAAAACCAAGGUCAGGACGCUGCCUGCUACCGAGAUGGAAUCUGCCUUGAACAACAGUGAUAGUGAUGGAAUCCCCCAUCCUGAAUUUGUACUGUUAUAAUCUCUUUUAACAUUUGUUUUUUAGUUUAAAUUAUUUAUUUUAAUUAUGUACGGUUUUGUUAUUUUGUAAUUUCUUUUCCGUUGAACUCGUUUACUAUAAAAGACUCAGAUUCACUUUUGUUGUAGUUAACUAAAUUUUGUAUGAAAAUUGUUGGGAUUAUUAAUGAAGUUGUUUUCUAAUUUUAUUAUGUCGGUAUAGAUAUUUUAAGUUUGUUUUUGUAUAAAUUAACUAAUUUCAUUUCUGUUAUUUUAUUAUAUUGUGCAAUUAGUUUCAUAUCAGUAUUAAAAUUAUAGUUGAGAUUUUUAUUUUAGCAUUUUAAAAAAAAUCAUAUUUAAUUAAAUACAACAACCUUAGAUUUUUUGUUCACAAUACUUGUAAAACAUAUACUUUUUUACCCUUAAAACCAAUUAGUUUGAUUUUUUUUAAAUGUUUAAUUUAUAUUUAAUUAUAUGUGAAACAUUAAUUUUCACUAUUUUUAUAACAACGGUCACUAUUUAUUUUAUUAUUGUAAGUUAUAUACUAUUUUAUAACAACUUUCACUAUAUCUCAACAUUGUGUUUAUAUAUGUUUUAUAUUAGAAUUGAGAGAUUGAUUUUUACAUCAAGUAAUACGCGGGGUAAUUAUAUGUUGGUUAGAUAUUGUGUUUCGUUUGUAUUUGAAGUUAUUAUUUGCAGUAAAUAGUGUCUAUUCACUCAUUAUGCAUGCAUUAAUUUCUGAUUAUUUUGUGUUUUACUAAACACCGCACCAUCUAUA